AUGAACAAAGAAACUUCAAAGGCAUGCACCGGAAUCGGUGCUAACGGAACGAUGCGUUUAUCACGUAGAGAUGGGCAGUUGUGUGUAUCAUUCUUAGUGGCUCUCGCAACCGUAAAUGCCGGUUACGCAGGCAGUUACGGAGGUCAUGAAGGCUAUGGUGGAGAUCAUGGUGGCCACGAUCUUUCCCACACUGUGGAAAUAACCAAGCACGUGCCAAUUCCUGUCUACAAACACGAAGCAGUUCCAAUUCCCCACACUAUUCCAGUUCCAGUUCCAAAACCAGUAGCAGUACCCGUACCACAACCCUACCCCGUUCACAUUAAAGUUCCCCAACCUGUUGCCGUUCCCGUCAUCAAAACCAUCACCAUUCCCGUCGAGAAACCAGUACCUUACAAGGUCGAGAAGGAAAUCCCAUACCACGUUGAGAAACCAGUACCAGUUCCAGUGGAAAAACACAUUCCCAUCAGAAUCCCCAAACCAGUUCCCGUCAAGGUACCAGUUUACAAAGUUGUAUACCACCAUAGCAAACACUAA